GGGGGCGCCGCUGGCCAGUAGGGCUCCCUCAGGCAAACCGGUCUCGGCGGGGCGGGCAGCGGCGCUUCCUCCUCAGAGCUCCGCUCAGCGCCCUCCGCCUCGUCCUUCCGCCCCUGCCUCCGCAGCGCUGCGGCGAGCGGAAGGCGCGCGAUGCGGCCGGCGGGAGCCGCGGCCGGCUUGGGAUCGCCGGCGCGGGACCUGUCGCUGUGCGGGGAGCUGCUGCAGGCCCCGCCGCCCCUGACCUCGUCUCCGCCGACGGCCGCGCCCUCGGGGCCGCCGCUCCCCGCGGCAGCCGGCGCGACCCUCAGCCGCCUUCCGGAGCCGCUGCUACGGAGGCUCAGCGGGAGCUUGGACCGAGCGCCCGAGGGCCGGGGAUGGAGGAGGCUGGCCGAGGUGGCGGGGAGUCGGGGGCGCCUCCGGCUCAGUUGUCUCGACUUGGAGCAGUGUUCUCUCAAGGUCCUGGAGCCUGAAGGCAGCCCCAGCCUGUGUUUACUGAAGCUGCUGGCUGAGAAGGGCUGUACGGUCAUGGAGCUGAGCGACUUCCUGCAGGCCAUGGAGCACACCGAGGUCCUUCAGCUUCUCAGCCCCCCAGGAAUAAAGAUCACUGUAAACCCCGAAUCCAAGGCAGUCUUGGCAGGACAGUUUGUGAAGCUGUGUUGCCGGGCAACUGGACAUCCUUUUGUACAAUAUCAAUGGUUCAAAAUGAAUAAAGAGAUUCCAAAUGGAAACGCAUCUGAACUUGUUUUUAACACAGUGCAUGUAAAAGAUGCAGGCUUUUAUGUCUGUCGAGUUAAUAAUAAUUUCACCUUUGAAUUUAGCCAGUGGUCACAGCUGGAUGUUUGCGAUGUCACAGAAGUAACAGAAAGCUUCCAGAGCAGUUGGGAUGGCAUCUCUGAAUCCAAGUUGCAAAUCUGUGUUGAACCAAAGUCCCAAAAGCUGAUGCCUGGCAGCACGUUGAUCUUACAGUGUGUGGCUGUCGGAAGCCCCAUUCCUCAGUACCAGUGGUUCAAAAACGAUUCACGAUUAACACACGAGACAAAAAAGCUAUACAUGGUACCUUAUGUGGAUUUGGAGCAUCAAGGAACCUACUGGUGUCGUGUAUAUAAUGAUCGAGAGAGUCAAGACAGCAAGAAAGUAGACGUCAUCGUAGGAAGAACAGAUGAGGCAGUGGAAUGCACUGAAGAUGAAUUGACUAAUCUUGGGCAUCCUGAUAAUCAAGAGCAAACAGUUGACCAACCUUUGGCAAAGGACAAGGUUGCUCUUUUGAUAGGAAAUAUGAAUUAUUGGGAGCAUCCCAAGCUUAAAGCUCCUUUGGUGGAUGUGUAUGAAUUGACCAACUUGUUAAGACAGCUAGAUUUCAAAGUCGUCUCACUGUUGGAUCUUACUGAAUAUGAGAUGCGUAACGCCGUGGAUGAAUUUUUACUGCUUUUAGACAAAGGAGUCUAUGGGUGGUUGCAUUAUAUUUUGAAGUAUUGUGAAUAUCCCAAACACCAGACACAUCUGCUUCAAUGGCUAUUGUAUUACGCAGGACAUGGAUAUGAGAACUUCGGGAACAGCUUUAUGGUCCCUGUGGAUGCUCCAAAUCCGUAUAGGUCUGAAAACUGUCUGUGUGUACAGAAUAUACUGAAACUGAUGCAAGAAAAGGAAACGGGACUCAACGUGUUCCUGCUGGACAUGUGCAGAAAAAGAAACGACUAUGACGACACCAUCCCAAUCCUGGACGCCCUGAGAGUCACUGCCAACAUCGUCUUUGGAUACGCCACGUGUCAAGGAGCAGAAGCUUUUGAAAUACAGCAUUCUGGGUUGGCAAAUGGAAUCUUCAUGAAGUUUUUAAAGGAUAGGUUAUUAGAAGAAAAGAAAAUUACUGUGUUACUGGAUGAAGUUGCAGAAGAUAUGGGUAAAUGUCACCUUACCAAAGGCAAGCAGGCUCUAGAGAUUCGAAGUAGCUUAUCUGAGAAGAGAGCCCUCACUGACCCAAUCCAGGGAGCAGCACAUUCCGCAGAGUCUCUGGUGCGAAACCUCCAGUGGGCCAAGGCGCACGAGCUUCCAGAAAGUAUGUGUCUUAAAUUUCAGUGUGGUGUUCAGAUUCAAUUAGGAUUUGCAGCCGAGUUUUCCAACGUCAUGAUAAUCUAUACGAGUAUAGUCCACAAACCACCUGAUAUAUUAAUGUGCGAUGCCUAUGUUACUGACUUUCCACUUGAUCUAGAUAUUGAUCCCAAAGAUGCAAAUAAAGGGACCCCUGAAGAGACCGGCAGCUAUUUAGUAUCAAAGGAGCUUCCCAAGCACUGCCUGUACACUAGACUCAGCUCACUGCAGAAAUUAAAGGAGCAUCUGGUCUUCACAGUCUGUCUGUCGUAUCAGUACUCAGGACUGGAAGACACCGUAGAGGAAAAGCAGGAGGUGAACGUGGGAAAACCUCUCAUUGCUAAACUCGACAUUCACCGGGGCUCGGGGAGGAAGACGUGCUUCCAGACUUGCGUCAUGUGUAACGGCCCUUACCCCAGCUCUGCCGCCAGCGCCGCGGGGGCGGCCCGCUACCGCCCACCUCAGGACUCCUUCUCGGGGGCUUACCACUCCCACCUCAGUAACUCGAGCAACGUGAUGCAAUCAGAUGGCUGUCGCUGCAGUCGGACUGCGGACGCCUUCGUUUCAAGUCAUCACACCCACCAUUACUCGUGUCAGUUUGGCAGAAGCAACGUGCCAGUAGAGACGACGGAUGAAAUUCCAUUCACUUUCUCUGAUGGGCUUAGAAUUUCUGAAAAGUGACUUCUUUGUUCUUGAAAGUUCUCAUAAUUAAUAGAUGUCUCACCCAACAGUACUUACAUAAAGUGAGAUAUUAGGGGGAAAGCAAGUAGAUACACAUGUAGCAAGAGAAAAUUAGUUAACAGGCAUUUCAUGGCAAACUCAGGACUUUGAGAUGUUGGAAUUAUUUAACUACAGACCUCCUCUUAAGAUUUUGUGGAUGGGUUAAUUUGUUCUGUAAGUAUGAAGUAUGGACGUGUAUAUGUUUAUGUACAUAACAGUGUUUUCAUCUUGACCACUCUGAAGUAUGAACAGUGGGAACGGCAUUACUAUAGAAUAAGUCAUUGUAUUUUUAGAACCAGGAAAAGGACCUUGGUGAUGAUCAGGCUUCACCUAAUUUUUGUCAGUGGGAGAAACGCACCGAGGUGUCUUCUGUGAGUUGGAGCUGAGGCCGCCAGGUUUCUACUGCAGUGUUCAUUCCACUACACGUCGCCUUCCUGACAGCUUCUGAGACAGGCACGAUUUCUAUAGAUAGACUCAAAGACGUGUAAAUAAGAAUGUCUGUGUAUAAUCUAGGAGCACAUGAACUUUAGUUUGUGAUUACAGGACUUGGCUACAAAUACUAGUUAGGUUUGUAUAUAAAUCUUUGUAGAACGGGCUGAAAUGUCUUAUUUCUUACUUCUUAAGGUCAUGAAAGCACAUGAGAAGUAAUAAAAUGUUUUUCUAUGGUAAA